AUGGGCGUCGCUGGACUUUGGGAUAUCCUACGCCCCGCUGCAACGACACGCUCUUUAACGGAACUUUCUGUCACAGAAGGAUUCGAGGCCAAUCCCCAUGGUGUACGUGGGUACCGCAUUGGCAUUGACGCAAGCAUCUGGUUUUUCCAUGCAGAGUAUGGCCGCGAGGGCGAAAAUCCUGUCCUCCGCACACUUUUCUUCAGAUGUGCAACACUCAUGCAUUCCCCCUUUUUGCCCCUCUUUGUCUUUGAUGGACCGAAGAGACCGGAUGUGAAACGCGGCAAGAAAAUCAAUAAAACCAGCCAUAAAUUAAUACCCGGAAUGAAACAAAUUGUGGAUGCCUUUGGUUUUGAAUGCAUAACGGCUCCCGGAGAAGCCGAGGCAGAAUUGGCGUAUCUCAAUCAUAUAGGUGUUAUUGAUGGAAUAUUGUCGGAUGAUGUCGACAAUUUUCUCUUUGGGGCCAAAACUGUCAUUCGCAACCCAAGUAAUAGCCUCUCCGGCAAUAAGUCCAAUCCCUCCCUCAACUCUGCUGGCAAAGACGACAAGAAUCACACUCGUGUCUACCGUUUAGCUGAUAUAAAUCAGAAUCCGGAUGUGCUCCUUACUCGUGGAGGCAUGAUUCUUAUUGGAUUGAUGAGUGGAGGGGACUAUCAGCAAGGUGGUCUUUCUCGCUGUGGUACGAAAACUGCACAUGGGCUAGCUCGCUGUGGUUUUGGAGAUACGUUGUAUACCGCUGCCAAAAAUCUAUCGCGCGAGAGAUUGCCUGCCUUCCUUGAUAACUGGAGGAAUGAACUUCGCCAUGAGCUGCGCACCAAUUCGCGAGGUUUUAUUGGCCGGAAAUCACCCACUUUGGCGAACUCUAUUCCGGAGGAUUUUCCUGAUGUUGACAUUCUGCUUUCCUAUGUGAACCCCAUCACCUCCGAGAGCAUGGGGAAAACACCACCGGAGCUCAGGUGGACGAAAGAGCCUGAUCUAGCGAAACUGGCGGCAACAUGUGAGUUUUACUUUGAGUGGGGAUACAGGGAAGCCAUCAUCAAGCGCUUCAGAACGGUGAUUUGGCAUUCUGCUGUCCUGCGUAUCCUGCGCCGCGCGGUGCUGAACAUAGAAGAGGCCAAAAGUGCAAAAAGUAUGCCCGCUACACCGAGGAAAGGAGGAGAGCGCUUAGAGAGCGGCACUCCCUCAAAGAUGAUUGCGAAACACUUCUCGUCUCUAGAUAUUGGUUCGGAUUCUGACGACGAGAAAAAUGAGGAGGAAACUCUGAUUAUUCAAAUUCACUCCUCAAGGAUGCAUGCGUCUACUGAUGGUGUUCUCGAAUAUCGUCUCGAGAUCGCACCUCGGCAGCUUGUAGAAAUUGCAGAGUCAGGAAUCAAAGGAACACGUAUUCCAGAGGGUUUAGAUGAAUGGGCCUCAGACGAAGAUAACGAGGAAGGGUCAAGUUCUUCCAAACGCGUACCAAAGCCGCCUAUAGACCCAGAAACCCAUUUGCGCGUCUGGAUGCCAGCCUGCAUGGUAAAGGUGGCGGAGCCACAUCUGGUCAGAGAAUUCGAGGAGAAGGUGGAGAAGAAGAAAACUAAGAAAGCUGGCAAGGCUGCCGGGACGGUCUCGCGUGCUCGGGGGAAGGCAAAAGCGACAGACAUCGAUGCUGAUCGGCAACCUUCCAAGAAACCCACCAAGGCGAAGUCCGCCAAUAAAGCCUCCAAGAGUGAUCAUAACUACCCAGCCUCUACUUCAAGUUCCUCUGAGGACGAACUCCCAGCCAGCGUAGCACAAACAGCCCCCCCAAAGACAAAAGUCAAGAAGGUUAAAGUGAAGAAUGCCAUCGCUUUUGAUCAGACUGGAUCAGCUCCCCCUCAAUCAUCUAUUCAGUCAAAACCCAUUCCACGCGACCUUACCCAAGGGAAAAAAUCUGCAGUAACCGAUAUGAAAACUUUUUUCCCGACUACAAAGCGAGCCACCCUACAUGCUCCGUCGAAGAAAAUAAAGGACCUAUUCGCUGAGCCCUCCCCACCAUCUACAAUUGACGGGGAGCGACAAACAUUCAAGUCUUCCAAACCUGCCCCCUUUCCCGUGGCGUUCCUCGAUCUUGACAAUAUCUCCGAGUCUUCUAGCAAUUCUAUUCCACUCCAUUCCCGAGGGACUCGUUGUAUUGGCGAUCUUCAGGAUCUAUCUACUUUUUCACCAAGAAAAUCUAAGAAAUGCCUAGCGUCGGAUUCAGAUUCCGACUCCCCAACGCAAAGGAUAACAAAAUCACCACGAAAGUCGAGCGCACAUAGUUCUCCGAGCUCCAAGUAUGGUAGUCAUGGACGAAGGGCUGCACGACCACCAUCGCCUACACCAAUAAACUCCGUGGCCCAUGUCCUCUCAAAUGAAGUCAUUGAGCUUUCAAGUGAUUCUGAUUGCGAGCCACCGCCCUUUCAGAUUAUGCCCACAAGAAACCUCCCCCCUUUGAUGGCUGCUAGAGCCAAAGCUGCCGCCAAGGCCAGAUUGCCGAAAGUGCCAACAACCUCUGUAGCUAGAGAAAAAGCGAAAUCUAUCGUAGAGGAUAUCAUCGAUCUCACUUGA